UACACAGAACCUGACAUUCUUAUGACAUAAGCGGCUAACUUUGUAUGGAAGGACAAUGUCUGGCUCUGUUGGUGAUGCUAAUAGCCCAAAUUCAGUCAAGACCAAAGGUAUCCCAUUACAUUCUGUAGCUAAUGCUAGAAUGGGCUUUCAGCAGCCCAACAGGUCGCUAAGCAGAGGAAAUCAUUCAAUUCAGAGACUCUCUAGAGUGAACUAUCCAAGAGCAGAACAAGAAACAAGUAACACAAAUGAACCAACACACAGAAAAUGUUUAAGUAGUACCUACAUAUCAAAAUUGGAUAAUCAACUACUUGAGGAUGCAAGCAUUCCUGAGACACAGAAACUCAGAAUGGUUGCAAGCUGGGCAGAAUUGUUUCAUGAUACAUCUGUUUUUGGGGACAACCUGCCGGAAACUGGAAAAUCUACUUUGGAUUAUGAUACAAUGGUUCAAAGUAGCAUUGGUGAAGAUGCCAUAAAUAAAAAUGCUGACGAUUUGGAAAUGGAGCUAUUACAUGCACAUGUUUUAAAUCCUUUCAUAGCCUCUGAAAAUACCUCAGCGGAUGCUGAAAGAUGUACUCCUCCUGUUUUUUUAUGUUGUAAUACAUCACCUCAUCCUUGCAAGAGUUCUGCUCAAGCAACUAAGCCUGAGAGAGAAGGAAGGGAUAUUAUGCUUUCCACCAACAUUUCAGAAGAAUGUGAAGUUGAGGGUGACAUGCAUAGUAGCACAAGAGAAGCCAGUUCUUUAAAUGCUCAGAAUGUGUGCAAGCUAGAUGAUUCAUGUACAAUUACAGUGGACCUGCGCAAAAAUGAAACUUUCUUUUGGCCUCCUCUCAGUGAUAGUUCAGAUGAGGAAAUUGCAGAUGUGAAGAUAGAUUGUCUAAAACUACCAGAGAGCAAGGAACACAUAAGCCCUCUUAACGGUGAUGCCUUAUUUGAGGCAGAAAAUAUUAAACUCAUCAAUUUAUCUGUGCUGGAAGGCAGACACUCCUUCACGAAAAGUUCUGACGUCUGUGAAAAAUGGAAUCCAGGAACAGAAAAGCUCUUGGAGAUCAAAGAAUACAAAUGCAAGGAUUCCAUGUGGACUCUCAAACCUAAAGCUUCCAGUGGGACCAAUGGUGUUGGAGGGGCUACAGACGGAAACAUCCCUUUUCAUCUCAAAGUAAAAAAAGAUGCAUUAAGAGAUAGGAUUUCAGACUUUCAGCCUCUAAAGAAAGGUGUCAAUCAGAGAAAUGCAUUUAAAUCUGAGCAUAUGCUAGGGGUGGUUAAAACUCUAGAAAGGAAGAAUAUCACAGAAGAACAAGCAAAUAGUACAUCUAGUGGAAAUGACUGUAGCAGAGAAGAAACGGAAACAGAAUUUAAAUUCCUGAUGAAAGAUCCAGCCAUGCAAAUUAAGAGUUUCUGUGGGAACACAUUAUUGAACCCUUCAGAAAACAGUACUUCAGUCUGUUUGAAUCACAGUUAUAAAAGCACUUACUUGGGCAGUAGUAGCGACUGCGUUUUGUUAGACAUGCUUCUCCAGUUUACUGAUAGUGUAGAACAUAAGUCCACUACAGUUCCAAUAUAUGUGCACGGUGAUGUACAUGAGAAUAUUUCUGAGGGUGUUGCAAAAUCAGUAGCAGGUUCUAAAAAUAAUACAGAAGAAUUUCUUGUCCCAAUAAUAAAAGCUGAUGGUGAUGAGAAGCUAUUUUGGAAUGACAAAUCCCACUUUGAUUCCAACCACAGUGAUAGUGUUUUGGCAAAAUAUUACUUCUAUUUGAGUUAUCUCAAUAAGUCCAAAAGGCUUCAGCAAGAGGUUGGUGGCAAUCUUCUCUCUUGUCAACAACAUUUUGGAAUUUCCAAAGAAGCAAAAAUAUCUGCACUCGACUACCGUAAGGGUGGUAAUACAUAUGAGCAUAAGGCUACUGAAUAUAUGAACAAUGACGUAAGCUACUGUGAGGAUAAAAGUUCUGAAGUUAUAAAACAGCAAAGCCUUCCUGAAAAGCAGAAAUCAAAGUCGUCUUUUUCAUGUAACGGCCCUGAACAUUUAUCUAAUCUAUUAUUGAUGGAAAAGAAACAAUUGGAGAAUGGACACAUUUUGAAAGGCAAGAAGCUUUUGGGGGCCAUGAAAAUCAGCACAGAUGUGGUAGGUCUUAAGAGGUGUUCCGAGAGAUCCAGCACUGUAUGUGCAUCUUUCACACAGAGAGAGCUGAAGCCAAGAUCACAACAUACUCAAAGACCAGCACAGACCAGUGAAAGAACAAGGAAAGGAAGUUAUAAGUCUCAGAGCCGCCCAUCUUCAGGCUGCAACCCUUGUAAACAGACCAGUAUGUAUUCCGUCUCUGAAACAACUGUACCGUGUAAAGAUCAGAAGAAAACAUCUAAUAAUCAGAACAAAAGGAAAAGUUUUCUUAAAAAUGCAAAUGCAUGGACAGAACUCGGACAGGAGCACGAAACUGCUGUUAAAGAAUAUGAUGAAAUAAAUAUAGAAUGGCAUAAUGACAGCAAGCUCUUACCUUGGCUCCUUCUUCCUGAUGAAUUGUGGCUUUGCAUCUUCUCGCUGCUGACUCAUAAAGAUAUUACUCAGGUUUCCCAAGUUUGUCAACGUUUUUAUCGGCUUGCAGGAGAUGAGUCCUUCUGGAAGGAGAUCCAUCUGACGAACUGCCACUGCUUGAAUGAUGAGUGGUUGAUCAGUUUGGGGAGUCGCCACCCCCAACGUUUCACUCUUGAUCAUUGCCACGAUGAAGCCCAGAGAAUUACUGAUGUGGGAUUAAAGCAGUUCUUCCAGCACUGUGGAGAAUCUCUUAAGGAACUGAAUAUCAAAAGCUGCUGUGGUCCUGGAUUUAGAGGGGACAAAGUUCUGCUUCAUGCAACCACCUUUUGCCAUAACCUGACAACUGUAGAUAUUAGCUGGACAGGAGCCACUGAUUCAGGACUCAUUGCCUUAGUAACAUCAUCUAUAAGAUUGCAGUGCCUUUCUACUAACGGAUGCCGGAUUACAGAUGAUGCAGUAACUGCCUUGAUUGAAAAGCAUGGGAAAUGCCUCAAGAAGCUGGAAAUAUUUGGAUGCCAUGCUCUUACUGACAAAUGCUUGAGAUCCGUGGCUGUGAAGUGUCCAGAUCUAGAGGUGCUGAACAUUGGCAGAAUUCACAAGAUUACUGAGGAGUGCUUGGCGAAAGUCAUAAGCUCUAUGAAAAAGCUAACUAGUGUUAACCUUACAGGGCUCAGUAUGGUGAGGGAUUCUGUUGUACAUUUAAUUGUGAAGAAAUGUCCUAAACUGGAAUGUCUGGUUCUCAAUUCAUGCUCCCAAGUAACUGAUACAAGCCUUUUAGAAAUCAGCAUUGGCUUACCAACAAUCAGGUACCUGGAUGUCAGUGGUUGUAAAGAGGUCACUGACGUUGGAGUUCAAGCUUUGGCAGGGAGAUGCCGGAAGCUUUCUUUCCUUGAUUUAAGUUCCACUGCAACCAGCAAAAGAGGGGUUUGCCUGUUGGCUAGCUUCUGCUUCAGGACUUUGGAAUGUGUGAAGCUGAGCUUCUGCAAGAAUAUCUCCCUGGAUGCAGUUGUGAAAUUAUGCAAAAAUUGCAAAAGACUGAAGAUACUUCAUUUAUAUGGUUGCCACUUUGUGCCUGAUCUGGACUCCAUUAAAAGAAUCAAUAAAAACAUUGACGUGCUGCAUGACCUGACAGCUACUAAAUUGUCACCUGAAUGAGGAACUUCACAAAAAAAAACAAUUUUGAUUCAGCAAAGAGAUAUUCUAUUAGUUUUUCCUGCUCAGAGUUUUAUUAAGAAGACUUGUACAAAUUUUUACUUGGGCAAGGUAUAGAAUCUACCUCCACUUAGCU